AUGGAGCGGCUCAAAUCGGCGGUGCCGACCGAACUCCGGCGGGCCGUCGGCGAGGGCACGGCUGCCGACCUCCCCGCCACCACCUCUCGCCUGUUCGCCUUCUUCGACAGCCUUCCUCUCUUCCACCAGGUUAUGCAAGAGCUGACCGACCCCGAACUUGCGCUGUGCCGCAAAGACAAGGUGAAGGCUGUAGAAUUGAAGGGCCAUGGCAAUGCGUGCUUCUCAAGGAGGGAGUUUGGGGAAGCUCUCGGGUACUAUUCGCAGGCAUUGCGGCAUGUCCCCAUUAAUUCAGAUGGCAUGGAUGUGAAGUUGGUAUCUGCAAUAUAUGUCAAUCGAGCCUCCACCAUGCAUAAAUUAGGUCUGUUCAAAGAAUCUAUAAGGGAUUGUGACAGGGCCAUAACCAUAUCACCUAAUUAUUCUAAGGCAUGGUACAGGAAGGGAAUGGUAAAAACAGCGCUUAAGAAUUAUUCAUCUGCAGUACAUGAUUUAGAGGUUGCAUUGAGCCUGGAAGUGACUUCUUCAGGGAAGAAUAACAUAGAACAAGAGCUAAAGUUGAUUUUGCAAAAGCAUGAAAGUGUCAAUGAAGCCGGGACAUCAAACUGUGAUAGCAAGGAUGAAGAUUUGCCUCUUGCAGGACAACCUCAACCUCAUAAGGUUGUUAUAGAGAGUAUCUCAACACCAAACAAAGGUAGAGGAAUGGCUUCUACAGAUGAUAUCCCCCCAGCUUCGUUGAUUCACGUCGAGGAUCCUCUUGCCGCGAUUAUCAUGAAAUCUUCCCGUGAAAUACACUGCCACUUUUGCUCGAGUGAAACUCCAGCAGAUGUUGUGUUCUGUCCUUCGUGUACAAUACCAAUUUACUGUUCAAAAAGGUGCCAGGAGCAAUCCGUAGGUGAUAUUUCUUGUGAUGAAGAUACUCAUCUUGGAUAUUCAACAAGUAUUGCAAACCUGAGUAUAACUUCUACUAGUUGCAAGUCUCCAAGAUCUAAGCUAUUUGCUGAACAUAAGCAUGAAUGUGGAGGUGCCCAUUGGGCAGCUGUUUUACCAACUGAUGUAGUUUUAGCUGGACGAAUAAUGGCACGCAUCAUAGAAAAAAUGAUGCUAUCUGGAAAGAGUUUUGCUAUCUCCGGCCCAAAUUUGGAUCUAGUUCACCAUUAUGAUCAACAUUCUCCUGCCAACAAGUUGGAAUCACAUAUAUAUGCAAUUGUCCUAUUGUUUUGCCUCCAAAAUCAUUAUAGAUCAGACCUUUUGUGGACAGAAGAUUCUUUAUCACAGCUGGUUCUUUUGACAUUUCAAAUUAAAGUCAAUUCAAUUUCUGUUGUCCGAGUGAGGUCGGUGGAUGGAAGCCCAGAGCUCACAGAAAAUAGAGGUGUUUCUGGAGCUGAAGGUGCAAACAUGUGUAGUGUGGAGCAGGUUAGGGUUGCUCAAGCUGUUUAUGUAUCUGGUAGCCUGUUCAAUCACUCAUGUCAGCCCAAUGUACAUGCAUAUUUUCUUUCACGUGCGCUCGUGCUGAGAACUACAGAAUUUAUAAAAUCCGGGAGCCCAGUUGAACUGUCAUAUGGUCCACAGGAUGUCUCAAAGAUUGAUAAGGAUAUGGAGAAUGUCGCCAAAUCUCUUUUAGGAAAUAUUGGUGUCAGUCUGAACAUAGAUCAUGGAUGUUGCAUGAGUUGUAGAUCCCAUAUUGAUGUGUCGUCUGCUCUGGCUACAUCACAAAGGGAAGAAUCUACUAUAGAUAGGUUGAAGAAACUUACAUUGUUAGACAAGACUCUCAUCACAGAGGCAUUACAAUCCCUAAAUCUACUCAAGAAGUUGAGGCACCCAUAUAGCAAGGCUCUUGCGCAGGCCGAAGACACAAUUGCAGAGGCCUUUGCGAAGGUAGGAGACCAAGAACGAGCAAGAAAGCACUGUGAAGCAUCAAUUCAGGUAACCUGUUUUUCCUUAUCCUCAAUUGCCACUCAGGAUAUUUACUUAUCCUCCAGAGGCUGUAUCACCCCCAAACACAUCAUCAUUGCGCACGAGCUUAUCAAGCUUGUUUCGAUUCUGCUGUCCCUGGGUGAUGGGGCAAGCGCCGCAGCCACAUUCGCUCAAGCAGAGGAAAUAUUUUCGCUUUACUACGGAUCUCAUGUGGAGAAGACUUUGACAUACAUGGGUGCCCUGAAGAAAGCUGUCAGCGACGCGUAG